GUUGAGCAUCAAACGCUUCACUUAUUGUGUGGAAGUGGCUGGAAACGGACGUAUUCGGUGUAGUAAUGGCGGAUAACUCUGCAGCAAACGGCGACUUAAACCGUAAUAACAAUAUCAGUGGUACCGAUUGCAUGAGUGAUACAAACAGUGCCAAUGUGAAGUCUGAAGGAGACAUGGAAACGCAGAUACCGCCCGAGAAAGCUGGCGAAUAUGUUCGUGAACUGCUGCAAGAAAAACAGAGCUUGGAUUCCUCGCAGUGGCCAAACGCUCUUCGUCUACUGGAUCAAGAGGUGACGAAAGAGGUGGCCCGCGUGCAGGCGCAAGGUCGUCCCCUGCCCCGAGAGAGCAAGUAUGUGGACAUUUACCGCGAGAAGCCCAUCCGCGUCGCAGUCAAGGUGCUCGUGCCCAUCAAGGAGCAUCCAAAGUUCAACUUCGUUGGAAAACUUUUAGGACCAAAGGGCAACUCUAUGAAGAGACUACAAGAAGAUACGAUGACGAAAAUGGCGGUUCUUGGGCGAGGCUCCAUGAAAGACAAGCAAAAAGAAGAGGAGCUUCGCGCGUCGAAGGACCCAAAGUAUGCUCACCUGAGCGAUGACCUGCACGUGGAGAUAGCGGCGUUCGCGCCCCCCGCCGAGGCGCACGCCCGCAUAGCGUACGCUCUGGCAGAGCUGCGCAAGUACCUCAUCCCCGACUCGAACGACGAGAUCCGGCAGGAGCAGAUGCGCGAGAUGGAGCUCAUCCAGACCGUGUCCGGCGAGCCGGGCGUGCGCGUCCAAGACGCCGCCGCCGCCGCAGCCGCCGCCGCCGCAGGACGGAAGGUACUGUUGCCUAGUCAACCCCUGCUGGGCGGCAGCCCGUACCAAGCGAAACAGGGUUUAGCCGCGCAGGACGCUGCCGCAGCCGCCGCCGCCGCCGCUGGACGCAACCAUAACCCUGUGCCGCGCGGCCGAGCCCUGCCGCUGCGCAGCGCGGUGGCGGGCAGCGGGGUGCCAGCAGGCCCUCCGCCGCCCCCGCGCGGUCGCGGUCUGCUGGGGCCGCCCCCGCCUCCGCCACCGGGCGCAGUGCGUGGCCCUCCCGGCGGCCUCCGCAAGCCGGCGCCACCACUGCCGCCCCCACCGCCCCCGCAGGCUCUGCUGCCGCGCCCCACGCCCACCAAGACCAAGGUCCUCAGCAUACUGGACCGCGCGCGCGCUGCCAUGGAGGAGACCGGGUACGGCGGCGCAGGCGACGAGGAAAGGGCUGCCGCAGGGACCUUCUACGACACCGCCGCCUACGACUCGUACGCUGCUACGGGGUACAGCGGCUAUGAGGACUACGAGGAGGGCGGCGGCGACUAUUACGACGCGGCAGCUGCCUACCCAGGUCCAACUUAUGGAUUAUUUCACUUUUCUCUGAAGGAUGAUGACAUUGCAGCUACCUCUUUCAAGAACACAGGUUUAAAUCCCCACUAUGCCCUCCGUUUCUCGAGUUCCAAGAUAGGCUCCGCACCCGGUUCCCUCGUCUCCUUGCCACCUCUUGUUCGCAGACGACUCCGCCAGCCGCUGGAAGGCCUUCAAGAGCAGCACUGUGGCCGGGGUGAGCACGGACCGGCCGCGCUACCGCCCCACUCCGUAUGCGCGCCCAGCCAAGUAAUGAGCGCCACGGCAGCGGCGGCUGCUGCGGCGGCGGCAGCGGCGGCGGCGGCCCGCCCCCACCAUCACCACCACCAUCACCACCACCACCAGCAUGUCCACCAGCAGCAGCAACAGCAGCUGCUGCACCUGCACCACCACAGCCACCACCUGCAGCAGCGGCAGCGGCACCCGACCCAGUAGCAGAGGCCGGCGCUGCCAGUGAGUGCCGCAGCAUUGCCUAACCAGUAUAGCCUAGCGCGGGCCGCCUACUGACUCCAUAACCAAAACACGGAUACUGUACCAAUUACAGACGCUCGCUCUCACCUGAGAAGAUAGAAAAGUGGAGCGAAGCUUGGUGUCAAUUCGAGUUUAAGAAAAAACAUUAAUCUAGUCCUAUUCUUUGGACAAGAAGAAUAGGGAUGUCUACACCAUAUACAGUAAUUUGGUGUUAAUCGUUAAAACAGGUUAACGACAGAUGUAUUUAGUCUAUCCUUUGCAUUAGUAUCGAUUGGUUCGACAUUCAUUCAUUUAUUUAGUUGAACGUGAAGAGUCGCAUAAAUGUUUUUCCAUUGUAUAUGUGCUUCACAUUUUGACUAUCUCUUGUGUUCUGACAUAAAAUUCUGUUUGAACCAGGACAUUAACAUACAAUUUAUUUUCCUUAAAUUAAUUAGUAGCUCUGUUCUUGCAAAAUGGUGUGUAGUAUUUCAUUCUUUUGUCUCCCAUAUUAACAUCAUUCAUGUUGGUAAUACCAAAAUUCAGAAUAUUAUUUCACACACCAUAGUGUGAGAGGAAAAGCUAAAAUUUUAUUUGAGCUGUAAAUUUUGUAUGUUAAUGAAGUGUGCAGUUACAUGUCAGAAUAUGGGCAAUAGACUCAAAUAAAACAUUUAUGUGACAGGUUGUACUGGGAUAGAUUAUUCCACUAGUACACUACAUGGAGUUGUUUCACGAUAGAGAAUGUGGCUCAGCAUAAAUUUUAGUACACUUCUAUCUCACCCUAGCUACUCCGUCCUCCUGUAUUCGACAAGGCUGGAUCAGAAUUAAAACCGUGACACAUCUCUUUAUAAUCAUUUUGAACUAAAAUUUUGCAAAUUUUAGUUUUACUUUUUUUGUUUUCUAAUUGUACUGGGCUAAAACACUUAUAGCUCCUAGUGUAGAUGGUAUAUGGUACUGCAUGAAAUAUGUAGAUGUUUAUAAAUGUGUUCAAUGUGCAACACUUGACUGUAAUUGUUUUGUGAGCAUCGGCAGUGGGAAUUAGUUUUGUCGAAGCACAUAUACAAUUCACAGUACUGAAUAUUAGAAGUAAACAUAGUAUUCUUGUCACAUUUACUGUAACAUGUGUUAGUUGAAGUCAACCAGUAUUUAGUAAUUUUCUUCAUAUUAUGAUAGACCUAAAAUACUACUAGUAUUUUAUGGUAGUGCUGUAAUCUUUUCGUUUCUAAAUCAGACAUCAUGUAAAAGCCAAUGUAAAUCCUAUACUUUUGUGGACAGCGUUUACUUUCAGAUUUGGUUUCACAUGCUUCACACAACUACAGAACUUACAUACAAUUAUAUGUAUAUAUCGCAUUUUUGUGGCCAGUGGUGUGUACUAAAAAUUUGAAUGGAAACUAUUGUGGGAUUUUAUGUGUGUUCUUGAAAGAAUCUGGUUGAAAUACCAUUGGAUACAGGGUUACUUCACAGCAGUUGUUUGAAAGUAGCAUUCAAUGGGAUGACAAUCAGAACACGUGUGGCACUAAAUGUUUGCCAUGGUACCUAUAUUUCGGUUUGUGGCUGAUGGUGUCUUGACUGAAUUGGUAUUACUAAAGUGGUCCAAUCUAUAUUAACCCACUCUUGGGCUUUAUUCUUACGAAUAAUCUGUUGAUAUCAAAAUGUGUAGAUUUAGCUACUUCACAUCUCACUAUUUAAAUUUUCUGAGAAGCCCGUUGUCUAGGAAACAUUGUUCAAAUGAAAUAUAUAUAAAUAUAUUUUCAUGUGUACUGAUUUUAUUGGAGAAUUAAAUACAUUUGUGAAUGAUUUUUAUUUAAAGUAGGCCUAAAUCGCACAGUAUGUAGCUCAGGUUGCUGCAAUAUAUUUUUACAAGCAGAUCAUCUGAAAUACCUAUCCAGUAAUUCAAUAAUUUAGAAUUUGUGCAAAUGACUUGAAAACUGUAUCUAAAACAAACAUUGUAAAUAUAACCCCAAAUGUUUUGAGGCUGUCAGUAUUGAUGACUAAAAAGGGGCAGGAAAGAAUUUUUAAUCACUAAAGUAGAUAUCUGCGUAGACGGAAAGCCUUUACCUAAAGGGCAGUGAAUAAAUUGUUAUGAUUGGUGUCCUUAUUACUUUAUUGUCCAUACGACAAAGCAGCCUAAGUCUUGAAUUUUUGUGUGUGAUGCAAAAUACUGUAGUGUAUUCUCCUUAGCUUCUGAAAUGUUUUAGAUAUUUUAAAUCUCAGAAAUCAUACUGUAAUUAAAGAUAAUUAGUGUCUGAUAAGUAAAAAGGCUGAGUCAUCUAUGGUCAUGUUUGCAGGAUAAUGGAACAUGUGGUAUGUUUAGAGCCAAGUGGUGUUCUUGGACAAGAACUUUUUAAUAGCCUUUAAAAGUUAGUGGUGUGUAGUACAUUAUAAAAGAAGCAUUUAAAAUGUUCUAAUUUAGUUUUAUUUUUCUUUCAAUAAUCUUAAAUUAAUUUCUUUAAAGUAAUGUUGUUAGUAGUUUUGUGAAAUGUUUAAAAAGGAUGUUACACGUAGCAUUAAAAUAUAAACUUGUAAAAGAAACACAAAAAUAUUACAUGAGCAGUUUUCAUUAGAUGUAAAAGUUAUGGUUAAAAUUGUAUGUUUUUUCAAUGAAGAUUUUGAAAUCUUCCAUAAUUAAAAUUUAUGAAAUCUGCUUCUGUCUUUUCUUAAAACACAAACAUUUAUUUAAAAGCGACAAUAACUGAUAUCAGGUGCUCAUAAGGAGUGCAGAACACUGCGUUUUUACACACACAAAAUUUCAGAAAUCAUUUAUUUCAGUGUAUGCAGUAAGGUAUCCAGUGUCCUUUUAGAAAUCGUCUAUAGUUUCUUGUUUGUUGCGUUCUUCAUGUCUAAUUUGAGAUCUAAUAUGCUCUUAAGUGCAAUUUUAGAGAAACCUCAAGCAAAUUCCAAGUAAAAAGUAUAACUCAGUAACUAUAAAUUCACAAGUUGAAAAUUCGAAAAAUAAAUCAUAAAUCAAACGACAUGUCUGAGUAACAAUGGAGCAUCACCUCUGGAGAAAUUUGCAAAACAGCUGCAUGGAUAUCAGUUCAGAAGAUUCGGCAAGAAAAUUCAUAUGGGUGAUGCUGCAGUGAAUGUUUUUAAAGGGAUAUGUGGGACCAAGUUCCUUAUACUCCAUAAAUGCUUGUUCUUCUAGCUCAGUGAAGAUGUACAAAUGAUAGAGUAUUAAUGAAAUAUAUUUUUAAUUAUUUUUCUAAA